GAGUGAAACUAUAAAACAGAAGUUACAAGGCACUUAAUGAUCUCAUACAUGCAAGUGUAACAUACACAGAUUAACACAUAGACGCGUAGACGCUUAGUGUAAACAAGGUAAAUAUAGCUAAUGCUAGCUGUGCAAUAAGCAUGUAUACAGGCUAGUAUGGCUAACGCUAGCAUGUAUGCUAACGCUACCGUGUAUGCUAACGCUAGCGCGAAUGCUAACGCAUUUUCUCAUUUUGUUUAAACAUCUCAUCACAUAAACACAAUACAUGUUACUAAUCCUUACAGUGUAAGUGCAAGGCUCACACUUACACUUACAGUCAUUGCUUUCUGACGGACUUGACCCUUUUACUCUUCAGGUUGCAAAGGAAAAUUAGAACCAGACCCAUUCCCAAACCGCCCCCUACACCCUACCCCUCCGUUUGCGCGUUCACGCGAAGGGUCCGCCAUAUUGAGGGCUGGUCCAAAGCAAUCAGGGCGGAGGCGUAGUGGGUUAUAAAAGCCUCCGACAGCGAGUUUGCAUGGAUGCAGGCUUGAUAAUCUCACUCCACAGGUGUGCAACCGUUUUUCGGGCAUGGAGGAAACAACGUCAUACAAAUGGACUGUGGUAAAAACCAAGGCACUUAUUGCAUUAAGGAUGGAAAAGGACGACCUGUUCUGCAAAAAACGCAAUGCUGCCAAAGAAGCAUGGGAGUCAAUCAUUAAGGAACUGGACCUUGGGCAACAUGUGUCUCACAAACAGGCCUCCAAGAAAUGUGAGAACCUAAAAAAGAAAUACAAGGAACUUAAAAGGCCAAGGACUGGAACAGGGACUGAUCAGGGGGAAGAAACCCCUGCAACAUGGCCCUUCUUCAUGGCCAUGGAUGAGGCCAUAGGUGCAAGGCCUUCAAUUAGUCCUCCUGUCCUUGUUGCCUCAGCCUUGGCAAACCCCACAAUCCUCUUUGAUCCGGAGGCUGCUUCCUGCCCCUCUUCCUUCCCCCCCCCAAAUGUGGCUGAUGAUCCAGACCCCUCACCACCCUCAUCACUGUCUGAGGCUGGAACCACCCAGCAGCCCCCCCCCAAAAAAAGAAAAGGUGCUAUGGGAGUGCUGGAGUGCCUAGAACGCGAGGCAGAAAAAGAGGACGAACGCCACAGAGCAAUAAUGCAGCACUCAGAUACAUUUCUAACCCUGUUCGAAAAAAUGGUCGACAAAAUGUGAUUUAUUUGUCCCCCCCCACCAUUGGCCAUUUCUAUGUUUGAUUAUUGAUGUUACUUAAAAGACUUGUUUUUGUUCGCUUGUAUUAUUUAUUUGGAAGACAAUAAACCUAAUUUAACGUACUGUCCUUCAUGUCUUCAAUAUUGUAUGGGAUAUAGUAAAUACAGGUAGACGGGUGAUGAAGGUGACAUUGCGUUUGCUUGAUUGUUAGAUGGCUACAUUGUUCUGUGUGGGUUUCAUAAUGUAGAAGGAAAAGUUUUGCACAAAGUAAUGUUGUGCACGGAACUAAAGUGUUUUUUCCAAAGUCUGAAGAUUAACCCUGAAUAUCAGCAUUUUAAAUAAAGAUAUGUCUGUGCGCUUCAUAGGUAUAAGGCAUUAAAAUAUACAUGACAUUUACGGUCUUAAUUGCUCAUGUCAAACCAUUUGCAGAGUU